AGACAUUGAGCUCUAGUCCAGGAACGAAGUGGGAAGGCCAGGAGCAACACUAUUUUAUUGCAUACAGUCCACACUGAAUUACAGGAAGAAUACUUAUGCUACACGGAGUAAAUACGGAAACAAUCUUACUAAUAACCUAUUCGUUUGAUAUGUUGUUUGUUUCACAGACCAGCUAUUAGAAAACAUAUGAGAGUUUGUUUUAUUUUUUAUUCAACAUCUCCUUUUUGGAGAAAAAAACCUUGUUUAUAUUCCUCCAUUUUAUUUUCAUUAGCCUACCUGGAGAUUUAUGACAAAAAAGUAAUACAACAAGAAAAUGAGAGCACAAAUUGAAGUAAUACCCUGCAAGAUCUGUGGGGACAAGUCAUCAGGGAUCCACUAUGGCGUAAUCACCUGUGAAGGCUGCAAGGGUUUCUUCAGACGCAGCCAGCAGAACAAUGCUAUGUACUCCUGCUCCCGGCAGAGGAACUGUCUGAUUGACCGCACCAAUCGGAAUCGCUGCCAACAUUGCCGGCUGCAGAAGUGCCUGGCCCUGGGCAUGAGCCGUGAUGCUGUGAAGUUUGGCCGCAUGUCCAAAAAGCAGAGAGACAGCCUAUAUGCUGAGGUCCAGAAGCACCAGGCGUCCCAGGAGUUAGCUUCCGCCCGUGAGGAGGGAGCCGAGGUCGAAGGUCAUGGCCGGGCAUACAGCAGAGGCUCCAGUGCCGCCCUCAGCGACCUUGACGACAUCGCCACUCUGCCGGAUGGCCUGCUGUUCGACCUACCCCUGACACCAGAGGGCGCCGAAAGAGAGUACUGCAAUCUGGAGAUGAUAGGGGGCAGCAGCUCCUCCUCUCAGAGUUCGCCCGAACAGAACGGACUGGACUUCGGAGAUGGCAACCACCACAUCAAGCACGAGUACCAGCUGCUGCAUGAGUCCAGCCUGUUCACACACACGCUGCUCAACUCUCUACCCGAGGGGUUCUCAAUACUCGAGAUCGAGCGUAUUACUGCUAGUGUGGUAAAGUCUCACAUAGAGACCAGUCAGCACGGCAGUGAGGAGCUGAAGAGACUUGUCUGGUCCCUGUACACCCCUGAGGAGACACGCAGCUUCCAGAGCAAGUCUGCGGAAGUCAUGUGGCAGCAUUGUGCCAUCCACCUCACCAAUGCCAUCCAGUACGUGGUGGAGUUUGCCAAGCGCAUCACUGGAUUCCUGGAUCUUUGUCAGAACGACCAGAUCAUUCUUCUCAAAGCAGGAUGUCUGGAUGUGCUUCUGAUUCGCAUGUGUCGCGCCUACAACCCCAUCAACAACACUGUUCUGUUUGAUGGCAAGUUUGCCAGUGCACAGACCUUCAAAGCUCUUGGUUGUGAUGACCUUGUGGGUGCCGUGUUUGACCUGGCCAAGAGCCUGAGCCGUAUGCAGCUCUCUGAAGAGGAAAUGGCUCUGUUCAGUGCUGCUGUUCUCCUGUCACCAGACCGACCAUGGUUGAAAGACACCCAACAGGUUCAGAAACUUCAAGAGAAAGUAUAUCUCUCUCUGCAGCAUUGUCUACACAGAUGUGGCUCAUCGGAGGAGAAACUGGCAAAGAUGGUGUCCAAGCUUCCCAUGAUGAAGUCCAUCUGCAAUCUCCACAUUGACAAGCUCAAGUUUUUCCGUCUCCUCCACCCAGAGACGGCAUACAAUUUCCCCCCUCUAUACCGCGAGGUGUUCAGCAGUGAAAUCACCUUCCCAGACUCCACAAUGGGCUAAAAAUCUGUUUAGAUAUGAAAGUGAUUCAUAUAGAGACAGAAAGAUGUAGGGAAGGAGAGGUAGAGAGGGAGAGGAACGUGGCAACAGCGAAGCAACCAGCAGCUCAGUGAAAAUCCUGCACGCUACACUUUAGGAAACACUACUCUCAGUCGCUUGGACUGUAAGCCAGUCCAGGCUAUGAAAUUCAACACUAGGUGCUGGGUAGUUAAAGUCCUCUGUAAAACGAGUAUGACUUUGAAUGUACCCCACAGACAUGCAGCAUAGCCCUAGGUUUGAGACAGAGUGUACUAUAUACUGUACUAUCCUGCCCCAUGGAGGAGUUGCUGUGUAGAUCUUUAUUUUAUUUUAUUGCAGUUCUACAGCUCAAUUUUAGUUUCUUAUUUGGUAGUGCCCAUACUUUGCAGUUUUGUAUCCUAUUAACAAACUGUUUAAAGGGACCAAGAUCAAACAGAUAGUCGGGCAGAUUUGUUUUGCAUGCAAGACAUGGACAAAGAGACCCAGGGUGUCUAUUACCAUCCAUGCAGACUUGCACACACAGCACUAAGACAAAGCACUUAUGCUGACCUAUAUAUGUAUUUUUACAGGCACACAUUCAGACACUGAUAUUUUUGAGCUCUUGACUUUAUUUUUUAAAAUGCAAUCAAAGACCUCCGUCCCACUACCCUUUCCCCUUGCAAAUGCCACUUAGAGAGAGAAAGAGAGAAUCACAGAAGUAUUUUGAAAGUAUUUUAAAACGUUCCUUAGGUAUACACUUAUAUUUAAUCAUGUAAAAUAAAAUUAGACAGGGAUUUAUAUACAUUAUAUAUAUAUGAAAGGGAGAGAUAGAAUGAUUCAGGUCGUUAUUGUAAAAGAGAAUGUGUUUUCAAUGACUUACCUGGUUAAAUAAAGGCAAUUAAAUAAAGAUAAAUAGAUUCCCCAGGACAGUGUGAUGUUCAUUUGUCAGUCAAAGACUGCCUGACCAUAUUCUGGGGAACUGGGAUGAAAAAUUAUUAGAUUAAUAGCAUUUACCAUCUAAGAGCCCUCCACCUGAUCCGGACCAUUUUCUUGUGCUACCAAGAAUCUCAGGGUUCCAACUCAAAGACUGCCGAUUGUCCUCCUGAAUCUAACAGAAGUGGGAUCUGUGGGUCCAAUACAAGACUUUGUUGAGCAGAGAAAGGAAGCAGAUGAUAAGAAGAAAACAAACAGGUGGCAAACACACUUUCCUGUGCUCCCACAUAGGUAACAACCAAUGGGGAAAGGGGUUUGGUGUUUGACCUUUGACCAGCAGGGGGAAGGUGGAGACUCAUGCACUCCCUGUGUGUUCAAGCAGUCUACUGUUUCAGACUGAACUGAAGGUGUGCUGAUUUGUUAAUGAUGCCCUCUCACCUUAACCCUCCCCCCUUCUACCUCAUCCUCUCCCAAACACAUACAGAUGUGAUCUCUUAAUUUGAUCACUGUUGUCGCAGAUAAUUUUACUGCACAGCAGUAAAUGCAAAUUAUAGUGUAUUCAAGGUUUAAAAAAGCUUAUAAAGUUUGUAAAUUCCAAACAAAAAAUGUGUUACCCCACAUAAUUCACAUUUCUUGUUGCUGCAGGAUUAUUUUUCUGCUGUGAGAAACUGGUCAAAUUAAGAGAGUACACCUGUAUGGCACAACAAAGGGUUGAAAGAGCCAUCAGCUACCCCCCUGAGUUAGCGAUUUCUACAUUCAGAUUAUAGAGUAUAUGAGAUUUCAUAAUUUGAAGGACAAUGAUAUACAUACAAAAAUAUGUAUUUUAUGCAGAUAUAUUUUCCCAUGCUGUUUAUUUGAGAACACUAAAUCUGCCUCUCUGUUUUCUAUGAGCGCAGCCUUUUAUUAAUCUCUACCAGGAAGUCAUUGUUAGAUUAACAUCUAUCUUGGGAGAGGGACAUCGGGUGUGGCAGGAUGUUACUUUUUAACAAUUCUUGAAGGGGCUUUUUGGAUUUAAAAAAGCUUUCACUGCCCAUAGUACAAAGCUUGUACAUAGACAAGCUGCUGUGUGAACAUUUUGGUCAGAGUGGAAUACUUUGAAUACCUUUCCCACAAAAAAAGACAAUCACUUUCAGGCCUUGGAUAUUUUCUGUCCAAAUAAAAUCAUAUUUUUCUCCUUGCACUGCUGGAACAGUGCCCUUCGCCAUACUAUAUAUAUUAAAUAGUUGGAAUUUAGGGCGAUACACUUUUCUGGGUGCUUACAACUGUGUUAUAAUGGGACUGUGCUAUAAUGUCUUUCCCAAUUUCAGUUAGGAGGGCCUAAACAGUCCUGGUAGAUGGCCUAGUAGACUCAAUAAGCACUCCAGCCAGAGACCUUUAAAAGUACAGCACAAGAGGUUUCAAGUUCUCUCAACGUAACAACACUCUACUUUUACACAGAACUAAUAUUAACUGACUUGAGUUUAUAGUUCGUAAGGCAGGGGAGAAGAUUGUAACAAGGUGUAAAUGCUUUGUGAUAACUUAGAUUGUUCUGUAUUAAUUAAGUGUAAUUUGCAGACCUAAAACUGCUUCUUCCAUCUUUGGAGGCAGUUCUCAAGGUGUGCAGUUACAUUUCCACUCAGUCACUCAGGGAGAUAGCUGGGCUCUCUGUCCUACAGUGUCUUCGUCAGUUAGCAAAGUCAGACACUGCACCGAAUAGAAGAUCUUAAACCUUGAUCACUGUGUACAGUACAUGUUCUUGUGAAUGUUGAUCACAGAAGUAUCAAAGAUUUACCCCUGUCUAAUAUCAAUAUUAUUACAGGACUAUUGAAUUGUAGAAGAAAUAGGAUCUAAAAUGUACUGAAACUGAAAGAUAGAUUUUAAUCUUUGAAUCCUGUGUUGUUUUUGUCGUGAUCUUUUGUUUCUUCAUUUCUAUAGUUAUCUGUCAAUUUUUUUGGUCCACAGUUUAGUGUCCUGCUUUUUUUCGGACAGUUGUAAUUCAAAAAAUGUAAGAAUGUUUUUAAGAAUAUCUCCCUAAAAGUUACUCUUUUGUCAUGAUCCUUCUGUUUAUCAUGUUUUCAUUCUAUUAUAAGAUUAUUAUUGAAAUCAAUAUAGAUUUGAAUAAGAUAUUAUCUCAAAUAUAUUAUUAAUAUAACACAUUUAAGAGUUUUUGUUGUACAAUGGGGAUACAAUAUGUGGAUUUAAGAAUGUAAUAAAAGGCUUUUUACAGUAA